AUAAGUUAUCGUGUGGUGUCUCUAAUAAAUACAGCGAGAAGGUGGUUGCGAUCGAGUGGGUAGGAUGCAACCCCACAUUGAUAAUUCAAUGGGCCUAUUUAGACAAUAAAACAAGCAGAUUCCAAUUGGCAUUUCAAGUGUUGUGAACAGAAGCAGACGUGUAAGAAAGCCUUCGGGACCGCUGACUACAAUAGACACUCACUCUCUUUCUAUUUUUGAUUUUUCUUUCAUUUAAAAGGGUUUAUUACAGAUAGGUGACUCGCUUGAUUAUUCGUUCAUAUAAAGAUUUGGGUGGGUUUGAUUCGAAUCAUGAAGUCUUUGAUUCUUGGGUCUUUUUCUUCGUACAAGGUUUCUACUUAUUCUCUGCCGUCACCAGUUUCAUCUUCUUCACUUGUAUCAUCAGGUUGUUAUAAUGUAUCAUCACUAGGAGCAUCAAAGAAUAAAGGAAUCGUCCAAUCUCAAUCAAGUUUUUUGAGAUGCAAUACGGACAGAACUAAUAAAAGUUUUCUACUUUCUCACAAAUUCAACACACAACGCGUUGCAAGUGCGAUUUCUGAACAACCUGUUGAUCCUGAUCCCACAAGUCCUCAACAAUCAUUACCAAAUGCUAUAAAUGCUUUCUAUAGGUUUUCAAGACCUCACACAGUUAUAGGAACUGCAUUGAGCAUAGUUUCAGUUUCACUCCUUGCAGUUCAAAAGCUUUCAGACUUUUCUCCAUCAUUCUUCAUUGGUGUUUUGGAGGCAAUUGUUGCUGCCUUCUUUAUGAAUAUAUAUAUUGUUGGAUUGAACCAGUUAUCUGAUAUAGAAAUAGACAAGGUUAACAAGCCCUAUCUUCCGUUGGCAUCUGGAGAAUAUUCCGUUAAAACUGGGAUUAUUAUUGUAUCCUCAUUUGCAUUCAUGAGUUUCUGGCUUGGAUGGAUUGUUGGUUCAUGGCCUUUAUUUUGGGCACUCUUCAUAAGUUUUCUUCUUGGGACGGCGUAUUCAAUCAAUAUGCCGAUGCUGAGAUGGAAGCGAUUUGCUCUCGUGGCAGCAAUGUGCAUUCUAGCUGUAAGAGCUGUAAUAGUUCAAAUCGCAUUUUACCUACACAUUCAGACUUUUGUGUACGGAAGACUCGCUGUGUUCCCAAAACCCGUGAUAUUUGCAACCGGAUUUAUGAGUUUCUUCUCUGUUGUUAUAGCAUUGUUUAAGGACAUACCUGACAUUGUUGGAGACAAGAUCUUCGGCAUUCAAUCAUUUACCGUCCGCUUGGGUCAAAAGCGGGUGUUUUGGAUCUGUAUUUUAUUACUUGAAGUGGCUUAUGCUGUUGCUAUUCUAGUUGGGGCAUCAUCUCCCUUCCUUUGGAGCAGAUACAUAACGGUAUUGGGUCACGCGAUUCUUGGUCUAAUACUUUGGGGUCGCGCGAAAUCAAUCGAUUUGGAGAACAAAUCAGCUAUAACCUCAUUUUACAUGUUCAUAUGGCAGUUGUUCUACGCCGAGUACUUGCUCAUACCGCUUGUGAGGUGAUUUAAAAAAAAAGAUUGAUGUCGGCAGGCGGUACUUGUUUGUGCUCAUUUGUUCUAAUUUUGGCAUCAACUAUUGGAAGAGUUAGGUUAGAGAUUCAGGCUAGAUAGUUGAGACUUACAACAGUUGACGUUAUUUUAUAUCGCGUAGAUUUGAUGUUACAAAAGAUGUUAUUCGCCUUAUGUAUUUGUAUUCUGUUUUAUAUCUACUAUUAAAGUUGAAAUUUCAAGUUCU